GGAGAAUGCACCCUCCUCCCCUGUCGCGUCACUGAGGACCUCUGAUGCGGACACGGCGGGUGACAGACGCCGUUGUCCUUGGCUUCAGCGACGGGCAGGGCCCCCUCCCCGGGUUUCCUCACAACGUGUCGGCUCGCUCUCAGGAGCAUUGGAAUGCCGAAGACGAGGCGGCUGCUGUGGGGAAGAGGAAGGAGAGAGAGGAGGCGGUGAGGCUAGGCGGGCAAAAGAGGAUGAGACAACACACUAUCACUGAGUCUUUUUCUUCGCAAUGGCAGAUGAAGUUCAAGAAGAAGUUUCUGCGGUUUGUGUACAGUCAGCACUUGGCGUUCAACGUUUUCCGGAGCGAGCCAUGGAAGGAUUUCGUGAGGCACUUUAGGGAAUUACUGGGGCCAGUAAAGGUUUUGUGGUCGUCCCACAAUGAGAUCGUCGACAUGGACAUGGUUGCCCACACUGCCGACGAUGUGGCCGGGGAUCUCGCAGAGGUCAGGGCUCCUUUCUAUGUGACGGGGGCCACCAUCAUGUCCGAUGGCAGGAAGUCGCGGGAUGCGAGACCGAUCGUUAACUUCCUUGCGGGCGGGUCGCGCGGAGUGAUGAUGGUGCGCACAAUGAACAGGGAGGGCGAAAGAGACCAGGCGGAGGUCGAAGAUUCGACGGAUCACGUGGCUGCCGUGCGCGGUGCAUGUCUGCAACAAAAUGUUGUCAGAUAUUGGCUUGUCAAGCCCGUGGUCGAAGGACAUUAUUGUGCGUGGGAGAGCGGUGGUGCGCUUCAUCAAGGAGCACGGCGUCGAUCUCUACAUCUUCAGGGGGAGAGCAAGCAGAUGGGGCUUGUUUAUCCCUGCGAGACACGAUUCGCCUCCGUGUUCGCCAUGAUGGAGCGUUUGCUGGCAGUCAGGUCAGCGUUGGAGAGGAUGGUGGACGACGAUGGUUGGGGUUUGGUCCCCUGGGACAGUAGCGUUGCUCAGCUGGCUUGGUGGGUGAGGUGGCAGGUGCGGCAUGGUCCUUGGUGGGAUUCCAUGGGUGUCCUCAUCCGCAUCAUAGAGCUCGUGUACGACAUGCUUCGCAGGUUGGACCGAGGAGGGCUGCACAUGUCGAGGGUUGUGCAGUGGACGCAGGACGUGGCUCACGAUGUGGCACGUGAGGUCCGCGCACUUCCAUCGGGCGUUGCACAAUUCAUUAUGCAAAAGGUGCAGGCUCGGUGCGCUCACAUGUUGAAGCCCGCGCACGCCGCUGCUCACCUUCUCUGUCCUAGUCGCAGAGACUUGAGGUACUACGAGGGCGUCGUCAGCGAUUACGAUAGAAUCGUACAGGAGGUGGAGACGUAUAUUCGCACACAGACUGGGUUUAGUUGCGCCCCGCAGCUGCAGGCCAUCGCUCUUCGUGUCAUGUACAUGUGGACAUGUUCCUCUCCUGCAAAGAGGAACCGGGCCAUCCACGAGGCUGUGCACAUGAAAAAGCGCAACAAGCUCGAGUUCGAGAAGGUUGCGAAGUUGGUCGAGAUCUCGGCCAACGUCCGCCUUCUCUCUCAUCAGCGAGCUGGCCGCGGGUUUGCAUUGCCAUGGACAGGCGACGAGUCCAUGUUGGAUAUCGAGGGAGGCAUUGGGACUCAGCCGUCGUGGCAGGGGACGGACCCGAGCAGGUCGCAGGAGGACCGGGAGAGGCAGAUACGUUCCUGGAUUCGAGACCCGUGUGGGUCGAGAGCUUCUCCUGGAGAGGUCGGAGAUGUUUUCGGGACUCGGGCCGCCACUUUGCGGCCAUACCCUAGAGACGACGACAGUGGUGACGAGGGCGCUAAGGGAUUGGAGGAGCGGGCGGGAGCUGCAGACCAUCCCGCAGGAGGACCUGGAGAGACUAAUGAGUGGAACGACCCGGAGGAGGUCUGCAGACGUAGUGGCGGGGACGACCUUUUUGGCGGAGGUGACGGGAGCCCUUUUGAGCAAGAGCGGCCUUCGUGUCCGGGGCCACAGUCUGUCGAUACGCAGGCGGCGCACGACUCUGCGUGUUCCAGGAGGGCAAAGUCAGCUUGCGGCGGCGGUAUUGCAGGGCAUCAUCCCGGACGUUUGCGUAGUGGGAUGGCUUCAUCUGGCGUUGUUCCCCCUCCGUCAGGUAAGCUUCAUCGAGGUUCACCCCCGAGAGGGCGAUUGCAUAAAUUGGUGAAGGGGCCGAGACAGCGAUUAGAGGAGAGAUUGGUGGGCGGUCCUUCACCGACUGAGAGGGUCGAAAGAGUUGUGGAGAGGCCGACUGGUCGACGUACUCCUCCGUUCGGAGGAGAUGGACGCAGUCCAAUUCAGGAGGCUGUUGAGACGGAGGGUGUUGGGGGGGGUGGUGAUGACAGGGUGUCGAUGGGCGGCGGUGAAGGUUUUAGUCAGUUUGGUGAUUUGGGACCGCCGCAUGGAGAUUGCGAUUCUCGGGGGGACCCGGAGACUUUCACCUCUGCCAUGCACGGAGAGUUAGGAGCGUCACCAGCGGAGAUAGAGAGAGACGAGGAGGCGACACCCCCUGGAGAGACAUCGACAAAGAGGUUGGACAGACUCGAUAGUCGUCGAGCUUGCCUCCUGACACGAGCUGACCCCAGGACACAGGAGUUGGCCUGUCUAGCGACGGAGGAGCGACAGAGACAGUUGGGGACGUUUAGGGGGUUGCCCCCUGACGCACAGGCGGCUCGCCACGUCGGCCCGAUGACAGAGGUUCGCUACGAGAUACAGGCGGAGGCACCUGUGCUCCAGCCAGCUUCGGCAGGGACGGAGGGGGAGGCAGCUGCAGGCCCGGGGACAUCAGCAGAGUUGCAUGGGGAGGCAGCCGGCGGCGGUGACGGCAGAGCCGAGACGGGUGGAGGGACAAUAGCUGGGGUGCAGGGGGAGGCAGAGGGGUUGCAUGCGACUGCGCUCACCACACCUGGCGACCCGGUGUCGCACUUUGUCCAGUCAGGCCACUUCAGGCGACCGGAAAGACCAGUCCACGUCGGGUACAGCCUGGGUACUAGGGGUCAUAGAAGUUUUGAGGGCUCGCCUUCAGGCCGUAACGUCGGAGUAGAGACCGACACCAAGCAGGGACUUGGUACGCAUAGGAGGGUCGGGACACCGCGCCCUCCGACACCGGGUCCAGUGCCCGACCAGCCUCUUCACAACGGGCAGAGGACCGAGGAUGCUUUGCCCGAGACCGAGGAGAUACCUCCAGGUUUGGAGGAUAUACAGACGGGCCAGCCAAUGGGCGUUGAUGAUGACGCACCAUUGGCAUGGGCAGGUACGAUAUCGCCGACCACGGGGGUGGGGGAGGAUGUUGGCGGGGAUGCUGUUGUCGGGGGGGUAGAGGAGCGAGUCCAUGCUGAUCCGGUGUCGUUGGUUGAGGGCGGUCGACAUACAUUGGACGACGGCGGGGCCGGAGCGAGACAGGAGGCGAUCGGUACGCUUGACAGAGGGAGGCAUGAGGUGUCGCGGAGCUUGGUGGUUCGCACGGCAGUGGGCCCAAUUGUGCGACAUGAGGCACCAUUUCCUAUAGAUCCGAUGCGUCCUGCGGGUGGUGUCACCUCCAUCGCAGAGCGACGUGUAGGCAGGGGCAUGUGCGCGCCUCCAAUCCCCCCUUUCGCACCGUCUACAAAGAGGACACAGUCGAGGUAUGCGCCGCAUCCUCGCGGCACCCUUCCAUUCGGUUGUAUGACUGCCGAGGAGUUGAAGGCGCUUGGCACGAUGGAUUACACCGGGAUAGACACCGGUCAACCGGACUUGUCUUGGGCGCCAGCCAGCCCGAGCCUGGCAUCUGGAGGUUCUAUUGCAGUGCCCUCUCACGGGGGUGCAGGGCCAUUGUCACGAGGGUCCGCAGAUGUCCAGCCGCGCGGCAGUCACACCCCGAGGUCGGCUACUCACAGACAGAGAGACACGAGCGACCAUGGACGGGACACAAUGUUGUUCGAUUGCACUGAUCAGCCAUGGAGCGAGACGAGACGAGUGACAUCUACGAGCGCGGGUCGUCAGCCAGGUUUGAGAGGGGUAUCCAGCAGUGCGGGCCGUCGAGAUGUUGCGGCGUCGGGGUUUGGCAAUAGAGGUGGGGAUAGUGGCGACAUCUAUGGCGGACGUGAGGGCGCACGAGAUGGCGAUGCAGAGGCGGUGCAGCGGCCACUGACGUACGGGUUGAGAGAGGCCUCCAUCAUUUUAGAGGAGCCCGAGGUGGGUCAACGAGCGAGACAGGCCCGACAUGUGCCGAUCGAUCGACUCCAGAAGGGGGAGACUUCAGGAGCAGAUGGUCUGCCUAUGCGCCGCGAGUCGCGCCGACAUGUUGAUUUAGCAACCGCAGGCGUCAAACCUAGCAGAGGCAGAAGAGUUAUCAUGGACAACAACCCUCCUAAGCCUUCCCAUGCUGGUCGUCGAGAGCAACCCCGUCGAGGUCGACUGCGUGGCAGUGGUGGGACACAUGGACGAGCUUCGCAUCAGUCUGCUCAGAGCUCGCCUUCAAAUGAGGAUCCUUAACCGUGUGCAUACGUUUUUUUUUUUUUUUUUUUUUCCUUUUAUAGUUUUUUUUUUUUUUUUUUUUUCCUUAUAUAGUUUUUUUUUUUUGUCUUGUGUAGCGUUCACCGUGGUUCAUUGUUCACACUUCUUUAUGUUUGGCACUUAGACACAGGCACUAGGUUCGGUCUUCGACAUUAUGUGUCGGUUGUUUUUUUCUUUUGUUUUUAGCGACAUUGAUUUACGUAUUUUUUAUUCUAUUUCUUUUUUUUUUUUUUAGUCACAGGACCAUAGCUGUUCUCCGUCACCGGCAUAGUAGUUCGGGAUUUUACGUAGAUGACGCGGGCGUUUAGGGAUUUCUUUAUGUCGUUUGGAUCCAGGUUCUCCGUCACAGGCAGUUGUUUGACUCGAUGUGAUGGAUGCAUUUUGGCAUGAUUUUGCUAUUAUCCAUGCUACACUUCUUUUCGUUUCGGUUUAGACAUUGUCUUGGCAUUUGUGGUGUUCGUGUUUUGUGGAUGAUGAGUGUCAAAUGUAUCGGUUUAUGUUUUUCCACUUUCUCAUUGUAUGCUUCUGAUAAACCAAUUUGUGAACU